CAUGCAUUUGAUAAUUUAUAAAAUCAGCAGUUAGUUAAAAUAUAUUUUCGCAGCUCAAAUAAAAAUUUUAUCUAUUAACUUCUGACUUUCAAGUAAAAACUUAAUAAAUAAUUUGAAACCAUUUUCAUUUUUAUUUAUUUAGGCAAUAGGAGCCAAUGUCAAAAAUGGAGGAAUCGAAUUCAAAUGGAUCAGAAGUAGAUACAGUGCCUAUAGAUGUUUCGUCUCCUAAUGCUGAAAUAAUACGGGGUCAAAUAUUCGAAGUUGGUCCCAGAUAUACUAAGCUGGCGUACAUAGGCGAAGGAGCCUAUGGCAUGGUUGUGUCUGCAGAUGACACAAUAACGAACCAAAGAGUUGCAAUAAAAAAGAUUUCACCGUUUGAACAUCAAACAUAUUGCCAAAGGACUCUCAGAGAAAUAACGAUUUUGACCAGAUUUAAACACGAAAACAUUAUUGAUAUUCGAGACAUUCUUCGAGUUGAUAGCAUAGACCAAAUGAGGGAUGUUUAUAUUGUACAGUGUUUAAUGGAGACUGAUUUGUAUAAACUACUUAAAACACAGAGGCUAAGUAAUGAUCACAUCUGUUACUUCUUGUACCAGAUAUUGCGCGGACUAAAGUACAUACACUCGGCGAACGUCUUGCAUCGGGACUUAAAGCCAAGCAAUCUUCUGUUGAACAAGACUUGCGAUUUAAAAAUUUGUGACUUUGGGUUGGCUCGAAUCGCAGAUCCCGAACACGACCAUACUGGAUUUCUAACAGAAUACGUUGCUACUCGGUGGUACAGGGCACCCGAAAUUAUGCUGAACUCAAAGGGAUAUACAAAAUCUAUUGAUAUCUGGUCCGUGGGUUGUAUUUUGGCAGAAAUGCUAAGUAAUCGACCAAUAUUUCCUGGAAAACAUUAUCUAGAUCAACUUAACCAUAUUCUCGGCGUAUUGGGGUCACCAUCUCGUCAAGACCUAGAGUGUAUUAUAAACGAUAAGGCACGGAACUAUUUGGAGUCUUUACCCUUCAAGCCAAAUGUACCCUGGUCGAGACUUUUUCCCAAUGCUGAUGCGUUGGCCUUAGAUCUUCUUGGAAAAAUGUUAACAUUUAACCCACACAAACGGGUUCCUGUCGAGGAAGCUCUUGCACAUCCCUAUUUGGAGCAGUAUUAUGAUCCUGGAGACGAGCCUGUCGCCGAAGUGCCGUUCCGGAUUAAUAUGGAAAACGAUGACAUUUCUCGAGACGCCUUAAAAUCAUUGAUUUUUGAAGAAACUUUAAAAUUUAAAGAGCUACAACCAGAAGGAGCGCUUUAAAAAAACUUAGUAUUUAAGCAGAAAGCCAUUCUAGCUUUUGCUUAGCAAAAACCAUAAUUACCCGCACUUUGUAAUUGCCUGUAAUUUCUUUAUAAUAAUAAUAAUAAUA